UGAUUAAUAGAAAGCUGGGGCUGCACCAAAUACAGUGGAAUAGGGAGACCCUUCCACAGUCCUUCCAGCUGAUACCCUAGCCUCUCUUCUGACAGCUGUCAUUCCAGUUUAUGCCCCUCCUUGCCAGAGAGCAGGGAUCUACCUCAAACAAACCCAGCCGCGAGGGGCUCUUCCUGUGAGGACAACAGGAGAAGAAAAGCAGACAGACAACGUGGAGGCUCUUUCCACUCCAGGAAUUUUCCAAACUUGCACAAGGCUCAAAUUAGAUUGAAGUCUGGGUAAGUACCCAGAGAAGUAAGAAAACGUUUUUUUCUCUGGGAUUAUGCUUGGCAUAUGUGACAGAAAUGUCAGAGAUAAAGAAGAAAACCACUAGAGUGUCUCUGACCAUCAGUUCCCCUGUUAAUGAAACCUCUAACAUCAGAUCAAGUUAUUCUACAUUAGUUCAACCACUGUAUAUUGACCCCCAGAGGAUGCAGAGUCCCUGCAGCAGCCUGUUGGGAUCCACUUGUGUUGUAGCUCCUGUGUUUACCAAGCAUCUUCAAGAUAUCUCUACAACCAGAGGUCAGUUUGUCGUGUUUGAAUGCCGAGUCCAGGCCACAGCCACAGUUCAAGUUCACUGGUACAGAGAGAAAGAGCAGAUAACAGACUCAGAUGACUUCCGAAUUCUGAGAAAAAAAGCUUGUUUAUCAUCCAUUCCUGAGGAAGUGUGCACCUUAAUUAUCACAGAAGCAUUUCCUGAAGAUUCUGGAGACUUCAAGUGCAUUGCAGAAAAUGAGGCUGGGACUGCAGUCUCCACAGCAAGACUCUUUGUUUCUCCAGAAGGAAAAGUGGAGAAAUCAGAGGGUUCUCGAAAGUCACCCACAAGAAAAUUUCCUCCAAAACUGGUCUCCUCUCCCUGGCGCAGUGACAGCCACACAAAGGAUAAAAAUCUAGACAAUACUCCAAUAAACCUUAUGCCAACUAUUCCUGAAACAGCCAGUCACAAUGAACGUGAAAUCCAGGUUCCAAAGGAGGAGUUCUGCACCAUCAAUGAAAAUUCCUCUGAGCUACAACCACAAUGGUAAGGGCAGACAGACCUAAUAUUCACACAUCCAGCAAACGUUCUUGGCUCUCUAUAAAGAAGAGUGAAUGUGACAAAGCUCCUGCCCUCGGCAAGCUUGCAUGGACGAAUCACUUUACCUCUGUCAUAUCUCCAUCAUGCAUUUCACCAAGGCUGAAACAGUAAGUCAUGUAAGUUUUAGAAAUAGGAAGAAAUAAUAAGUCUUAGAUACAUAUUUAAGGGUUUGCUACAGAGACUUAUUGGGGGAAAAAAAAAAAACAACAACACUGAAAUAGCAAAAGUUUCUGAAGAAUGGAGUCUUUUCCCAAAUUAUAAUUCAAUGUCCUAUCUCAAUACAAAUAGGUAAAACAUUUUGUGAUACAGAUUCCUACAUGGUUAGUCUUAGAAUACAGACACAAUUGUCCUUGCAUAUAAAGGACAAAAGUAUAAACAGAAAGAUAUAUCAGUACGUGAAUGUGCCAAGUAGGCUGUGCAUUUAAAACAACACAGUCAGCACCAUCCCCAGCCCCCAAACACAAACCUCAAACCAAAGUACUGAUUUUUUAAAAACCUAAAAACUGAUACCUAAAAGUCUUUGGAGACUAACAGACCUGGAACAAUGUGUGAAAUACAUAGUAAGAAUUCAAUAAAUAGGAACUAUUACUUCGCUGCAGGUCAGUGUUAUCUCCACCAAUAGCCUGUAACUGUGAAUUCUCAGUUGGUCUCCUGGAAUCCCCUUAGCUUAAUGGGAUCACCAGUCGUCUGGGCAGUAGCUACCCCUAUAAAUAGAUUCCUCACAGGAUCAAGGAAGAAUGAGUGUGUGGAAAAAUAAAUAAGACUGCAAUUUAUUCAACAAACACUUAUUAAGCACACUGUAUAUGUUUGUCAGUUUCUGUGCCUUGGUAAAAUGGUCAAUACUCACAUCCACAGUUUUUCUCCAUAAGUACCUGUGUUUAUCAGUGAGCCUUUAGGACUUAAAAAGGCCUUGAAUUUACUAUUAGUAUCUUUCAUAUAAGACUAUCUUUUUCAUUAAUAAAAUCAUUUGUGGGGACAAUUAUCAGGUAAAACAUUCCAUGAAUGUUAGCAGGUUUUUACUGGAUGUCUACCAAGAGCUAUAUUCUCCUAGACAAGAUAAAUAAGUAAUAAAGAGUCCCUUCCUCAGAAAAAAACCUAGUUGAAGAGAUACAUUAUACCACAAAAUAGUCCACUGUAGGAUUUCUUGUUUCAUUUGAGUCUCUGCAACACUGAUUUAGUAAAACAGAUACUAUCUUUGUUUUUCACUUUAUUAAAGUUCAGAGAUAUGCAGUAGAGUGAGUACUUACACUCAGGUCUCCAAAAUAGAUAAUAAAAAGGUUAAUGCGUCUAUAAAGCUGCAGAGCAUUAACCAAAUUAAUACUAUCAUUUGUACUGUCUGACUCCAAAUCCAGUGAAGUAUCCACCAUUAUUUCUUGAGAAGAAUAAGACUGAGUCCACUGCUCCAAGGCGAUUCCCUUUUGCUAUAUGGCUGUGCAGAACUUCAAAAAUCAGAGUGAUUAAUGCAUAAUCUGAAAAUGAAUAAAACAUUCUUCAUUCUUUUGUCCUUUCAUCUUCAAUAGGACAUUUUCCUUCUCAAUCGAUAUAGCUGAGAAGGAUAGAAAUUAGUCUCAUACACACAUCUGACCUCUGAAGAAGGUCAGAAGUUCAAAGCACCAUUUUUACAGUCACAUAUAUACUUCGCAUUUUAAAAAACAAGAGAUGAAUGAGUGACAGUUAAACAGCUACCCCCUGAUGAUGAGGCAAGAAGGAAUUUCCUGGACAUGUAGCAGGAAAUAUUUCAGUAGGAAACACCUGCAACAGUAGGAAGUUACAUACAUCUUGGGAGGUAUUAGAAUGAUUUACUAGAGGCCCUUACUGAUAAUUUAGAGACAGAAAUGGGAAAGUUGUCUUUACUGGGUAGGCUGGAAUAUGGUUCACCCACCAGAUAUCUUAAUUCUUUCAGCUUUAGGAUGAUUUUUCUCAAAUAAGCACCAAAUCAUUCAAACAGCCAUAUUUGUGAGAAAACAUAAAACACCAUUUUAAAAAGCACACCAAAUAUUAAAAGGCAGAAAAACAGAUUCAUGGUAAAUUACUGAAUAUAGACCCUUAACUUUUGAGAAUGGUGUUAUAAAAGAUCUUAUCUACCUUUCCAAAACCAUCUCUUGAUCCCCUAAUUGUAGCAAGAACCUUAGCCUCAAUGUACCAGGGAGCUACCACACUAUAAUGAAAGUUUAUCUUACAAAGGUCAAGGGGAAAGAAGAGGAAAAGUGUAAAUGAUAAAGAAUAAAUAAAAACUAAAAUUCUUCCUCAACUAUGGAACAUUUAGAAUCUGCCCUUGGCAAAAUUGGGGAUUUAAGUUUGUCCUGGGCAUCUACCACACUUGGCUGGUAGGGCAUAUCUCAAUGAAGCUCUGUUCUUGGGAAGAAUCAAGUAUCAAUCACAUAUAUCACAUUUAAAGUGCCUAGAUUAGGGUCUUGCUCAAACUAAAGGCUAAUAUGUGUCUGCUAUUCUUGUUAUUUUUAUUGUGACUUGCACUACAUUUUAAGUCUAAUUUGGAUUGAAGGCUUUGCCCAUAUUAAGGUAAACUGAAAUAUCAAUGAGCAGGAAUGGAGAAAUAUUUUGGGUGACUCCUUAUAAUAAUACUUACAAUAAGACUCCUUACAAUAAGUAAGCAAAUGCCUAUUCAUCAAGUCCAGCAUGCUUUUUCUACUAAGUAAUGCUUUUUCUACUAAGGUGGCUGUCAUCAAACUUUCUCUGAACACCAAAGGAAUAUACACCUACAUGGUCAGCUGUGAAGAAUUUUAAGUGGCUUAUUUGUGCUCAAUUAUCUAUUUGUUGGACCCUGAUGUACAUGGCAAUUACAUCAAGGCUGGAGUAUCCAUGAGGGCUGUUGUUCAGUCGCUCAGUCGUGUCCAACUCUUUGCGACCCCAUGGACUGCAGCACGCCAGGCUUCCCUGUCCAUCACCAUCU